AGGGUCAGAGAUAGAAACAAAAGAAUUUCAAAACGACACAAAUCCACUCUCUCUCUCUCUCUCUCUCUCUCUCUGCCGACAUCCUAACGGUUCGCCGUCUCGUACCGGCGAAGGCGCUUGUCCGUACUCCGGCGACCGCCUCUCAGCCUUUACGCCGCCGUGAUCUCUGUACUUCGCUCACAUUUUCGGUUUAUACGGUUUUUUUUCUUGUCAGAAUAAGCAUCGGAGGGAAUACAAAAUGAUUGGAUCCUUUCUUACCAGAGGACUCGCGAUGGUUUUUGGUUAUGCUUAUCCAGCAUACGAGUGCUUCAAAACCGUGGAAAAGAAUAAACCAGACAUUGAGCAACUUCGUUUUUGGUGCCAGUAUUGGAUCUUAGUUGCUGUUUUGACUGUUGGCGAGAGAAUUUGCGAUACUUUUAUUUCAUGGGUUCCAAUGUACAGUGAAGCUAAAUUGGCAUUCUUUAUAUAUCUGUGGUACCCUAAAACAAAAGGAACAACAUAUGUUUAUGAUUCCUUCUUUAGACCAUACAUUGCAAAGCAUGAACCGGAAAUUGAUCGCAACUUGUUGGAACUGAGGACACGGGCUGGAGACAUUGCAGUUUCGUAUUGGCAAAGAGCUGCAAGCUAUGGUCAGACGAGAAUUUUUGAGAUUCUGCAAUAUAUUGCUGCACAAUCUACACCAAUACCCCGUCCUGCACAGCCACAGCAGCAAGGUCCUAGAGCUCGCCAACCCAAACGCAAACCAGCUGCUAAAAAAACACCACCUCCAAAUGAAGAGCCAUCUUCUCCUGCUUCUAGUGCAUCCUCAAGUCAAGAUGAACUUGAGGAAGCACAAGAACUGGAUAACUCUCAAGUAGCUACUGCAACUCCCCCUUCGACAGCCUUGAAUGCACAACAAUCAACAACAGUAACUCCCCCAUUGGUAGCAUUGAAUGCACAAAAAGCAAAUACUGUAGUUGAACCGCCUGCUGAAACCUCCAACCAUUCAAAUUCAAAAGAAACAGAAACAAUGCAGAUUGAAUCAGCAUCUUCUUCAUCAAACAAAAAUGGGAACCCUCCCGUGCAAGAGACAGUCAUGGAAGAAGCCAUUCGGGUUACACGUGGAAGAUUGAGGAAAUCCCGUUCUACAGCAAAUCGUUAAAUAAUGAAAGGCCUGUUCCUUUCCAGACAUAGCUUGCAAUAUUGGGAGUAUUUUAGGUAGUUAGGUUCACAGACAGAUAUUGGAUUAUUGUUGUUAUGUACAUUUGUCGUUUUCUAUUCUAUUCGUUGCUUUAUGUGUUCAUGAUUUUUUGUUGAUGGAUUGAAAAAGGUAUGAGAGCUUUAACAUGGUAGGACCAAAGGAAUCAACCUUUAA